AUGUCAGAAAGUAUACUUGAGUAUUGUGGAAAUAUUUCGACGGAAAAUAACGCCAGUGGACCUUUUCAUAUAUCGGAAUAUGUGCAAGUGCUGAUUAUUGUGAUGUAUUUAUUUGUUAUUGUCAUUGCCAUCGGCGGAAAUGGAAUCGUGUGUUUUCUGGUAUACAAGUAUAAACGAAUGCACACGGUGCCGAACUAUUUUAUUGUGAACUUAGCAAUAAGUGAUAUAAUAAUGGCCUUAUUUUGUAUUCCGUUUACCUUCAUUGCAAAUCUUAUUCUGAACUAUUGGCCUUUCGGCGAGGUUCUUUGUCCAAUAGUCUUGUACAUCCAGACGGUUGCCGUGUUCCUUAGUGCUUACACCUUGGUGGCCAUGAGCAUAGAUAGAUACAUAGUCAUCGUGCAUCCAUUUAAACCUCGGAUAUCAAUCAAACAAACAGUGUUAACAAUAUUUGCAAUUUGGGUUUUAUCAUUCGCCAUUCCGUUGCCGACGUAUUACAAGUCCAGUGUGAUAUAUCAUUCAAAUACAAGUGGUCAAUGUCGUGAAGACUGGGGAAAUAAUACGCACCAAUACACAUACGGACUGUUAUUAAUGGUCUUGCAUUACUUUGCGCCCCUUAUGCUUCUGCUGUUUUGUUACUCAUGGAUAGGAUACACGAUCUGGGUAAAAAAUAUACAUGGUACAGACAGAAGUCAGAGAAAACUACAACUAGCGACAGCUAAGAAAAAGAUGAUUAAAAUGAUGGUUACAGUAGUGCUGUUCUACGCGUUAUGCUGGCUUCCGCUUCACACAUUAACUCUUAUUGGCGACCACAACCCAUCCAUCUACAACAACAAAUACAUACCGAUACUUUGGAUAAGCUUUCACUGGCUCUCAAUGUCAAACAGCUGCUAUAACCCUUUGAUAUACCUAUGGAUGAGUCCAAAGUUCAGGGCUGGACUGAAGCUAGCCAUGGAAAGCUGCUACAGUCAUAAGAAAAGCCGUUGCUCAUCGGACGAACAGAUAUUUCAAAAGAUUCACGCGGUGUUCCCGCGACUGCGAAUAGAGCUACAAAUGGAAGAGAGUGUGAUCAACAACAAUAGGCCACCACGAGGGAGGAUUAUGUUUGAGGACCUGAUGUCUGGAGAUGAUAUCAUUCCCAGAAGUAUUCAUAGUGACACUUAG